CCGGAAGCGGCCGGGAACCGCGUGGCUCGUCUGCCAGAUGUAAACAAAGGCCCGAUCUGUCAGAGUAAACAUGUUUAAACGUCGUGCGAUGUAAAAUAAUCUAAGAUUGAUGAGCUUUUAUGUUCCACGAACCCCACUUACGGCUGUCAGUCGCUGUCAUGCCGGGAACAUUCUGUGGUUUUUCUGAAACUACAAUAUGCUAGCCGGCGGAUGCUCGUCGUUUCCAGCGCGGGCUGCAGUUUUUACCUCUGUCGGUUCGCUCCAGCACCGCGCUCACCAGAAACAAACUURUUGCACACCGUAAUGCCCCCAGUAAGUAAACAUAAAGGGAACGGAAGGAAAAUAUUCGUUCCUCUGCGGUUUUCACGCUCCUACAACCUUCAAGACAAUGAAGUUUUUGAACCUUUUUGGACGCCUUAAAUCUGUCGUUAUCGGCAUGAUUCACGUCAAAGCUUUACCAGGUACUCCUCUGGGUUGUUUGAAAAUCUCUCAAAUCACUGAUGAAGCGUGUCGGGAAGCAGAGAUCYACCUUGAUGCUGGGAUCGAUGGUUUGAUUGUUGAAAACAUGCACGAUGUCCCUUAUUCGUUUUCCGUGGGYCCUGAGGUGUGCGCCUGUAUGACAGCGGUCUGCUCGGCUGUGAGAAGAGUCUGCCCAACCCUGCCGCUCGGAGUGCAGAUACUGUCUUCUGCUAACCAGCAGGCUCUGGCUGUAGCUCUGGCUUCAGGUCUGGACUUCAUCAGAGCAGAGGGUUUCGUCUUUUCUCACGUGGCAGACGAGGGGCUCCUGAACGCCUGCGCUGGUGAUUUGCUGAGGUAUCGCAGGCAGGUUGGAGCWGAUAAUGUGCAGAUCUUUACUGACAUCAAAAAGAAGCACAGCUCCCAUGCCCUGACAUCUGACGUGACCAUCAGAGAGACGGCUCGAGCUGCCGAGUUCUUCCUCUCAGAUGGACUCAUCCUCACAGGAGCAGCAACAGGAGAGCAGGCAGACCCCAGAGAGCUCAGAGCACGCAGGCAAAGAACAACCCACUGCAGUCAUAAUCCUCGUAAAUAUUAUUCAACUAAAUACUUUCAGUUUUUCAUUUUAGUUUUUUUUUUUUUUUUGGAACGUUGCCAUAAAAU